AUGAUUGAAAUUUUCAUACGCUUUAUGUUAUUUGCUGUAAUUUUUUUUUACCUUAUUGCCAGCGUGUGUUACGUGCCAUUUGCAUACAUUAUAAAUAAACUUAACAAUAUGCUACAACUUAAAAUUGCACACAAAAUAUUCUUUAUAUUUUGUAAGAUCUUAAACAUUUUAUCGGACAGGAUUUUUGAAUUUGAAGGUGAAAAUUUGAUAAACCCUCGUGAGAACUAUUUGGUGAUUUCAAAUCAUGUAAACGAAUAUGAUUUUUUGGUAUUAAGUAAUCUAUUUAAUAAUUCAGAAAAUCUUAGUAAUGUAAAAUAUGUUAUGAAAUCAGAAAUGCGCAAUUAUUAUGGCAUAUUCCAAAUACUUGAUUUAUUGAAUUUUUUAACAAUCGAGCGGGAUAUUAAAAAAGAUGAAAAAACAAUAAAAAAUUACUGUUCACGUAUAAAUAAAGCCAAAUCUGCUAUACAUUUAGUAUUAUUUCCUGAAGGUACACUAAUAACGGAAAAUACUAUAAAUAAAUCAAAAGAAUUUCGAAAAUCUAAAAAUCUUGAACCGCUUGAUUAUGUUUUAUCGCCACGAUACAAGGGAUUUAAAGUUAUUGCUGAAGGAUUGAAGGAUUCGAAUAUAAAAAAAGUGUUAGAUAUUACAUUCACUUACCCAGAAUGUGUACAACCUACUUUAUCAUCUAUUUUAUUUAGUAAUCAAAAAUAUAAAAUAAAGUAUACAAUGAAUAUUCAUGAACUAAAUUCCAUAAAAGAUCACAAUUAUUUUUUGGAUCAGUGCUGGAAAUUUAAAAAUGAGUGGAUAGCUAAAGCGGUUAAUUUUAAUAAUCAAUGGUUUGUACAAGAAAAUGAUAAUUUUAAAAAUGCGAUAGAAGAAAAUGAAAAACUUACUGAACCAAAAACAUGCAAUUAA